AGAAGAAAGAAAACAAGCCACGUUCCAUACAAAAUCCCUCCGAUCCUUUAGCUUCAAGGCCAUUUUCUAUCGCGUUACAUUCCUCCGUUUGCACCCAAAAAUGGCAGCUGAUGACUUUGAAUCUACCGUGCCGGAAUCCAACAAGAACAAAGUGACGGUCGAGGCCCUUUAUGCCGCAUUGGCUCUUGGCGACUCCAACAAGGUGGCCAAGCUCCUGGCCAGUGAUCUCGAAUGGUGGUUCCACGGGCCGCCUGGUUGCCAGCACAUGAUGCGGGUGCUCACUGGGAAAUCAUACUACUCUGAGUUUACAUUCCAUCCACGUAGCCUAACGGGAAUAGGCGGCGACUAUGUGAUCGUCGAGGGGUGGGAAGGGGCGCAGGCAUAUUGGGUCCACGUCUGGACGUGGAAGAAUGGGCAGAUCACGCAGUUCAGGGAGUAUUUUAACACGUCGCUCACCGUGAGGGAAGUGCCGGCACCGCGGUGGACGACGGCGCGGGCGAGCCAGACACUCUGGCAGAGCCAGACCAGAGAGCUUUUCGACCAGUCGUUGCCAGGGCUUUUGCUCGCCAUAUGAGGAAGGUUCAACCAUGUUUGAUAUGAAAACCAGGACCACUCAUGUCAAGUUGGAGGAAAGUGGAAAAAGUUGUAGUCAAUGAAGUGUCAAUUACGUGAAUGUUAAAAUCAUGCAUGUGUCGGACUAUGAAAUAUGAAUCUUUGUCUGAAUGGAAUGUUCGGCUCACAUGUAAGCAAAAUGAUGCGAAUUACUUGAACGACCACCAAUGGUCGAUCGAU